AAAUAUAUAGACGAGAGAAAUGCGCGCCCCGAGGGAAUGGAAAUAGAGCCCCCCAACUUUUUUUUAACGGCGUCAUUUCCUUCCCCUCCUCUAUCUCUCUCCUAUUACUUUUUAUUCCUUCCGCUAUUUGCUUGUCAUUAUCUGGCCCGUUUUCAAAGGCAUCGAUGCUUAUGGACUUUGCUGCUUCUUCCAAUUUUUAAACAUUUGGCCCUUUUUAGAAAUUUGUUUUUAAAAGAAGAUUCAAACAUUUUUAAGUCAAACAAGAAACUUUUCUGAAGGGCAUUUUAUCCCAAAAUUUUUAAAAAUUUUUUAGAAAAAUAUUUUUGAAAUUCUCUGUGAUGUCCCUUUUAUGGAGAAUUACAGAAAUUAUUCAAAGGCCCAUUUUUGUCUUUCUACCUUUGUUUUGGUUAUUGACAGCCGGUCAACAUAUUGUCACUGCCGCAGCUUUAGCAACAAUUGCAAGACUUUAUUGUAUGAGUUGUGUUAAAGUGGAAAGUGAUACAACAGUGUUAGACCAAUUUCGGGUACGUCAAGGUUUGCCUUUGCCUGUAUGCGAAAUGGAACCGUUAGAAUGCGAACCUCAUCAAGACACUUGCGUUACAAUUUCAAUGCAAAUAACGUAUAGGCAAUAUUGGGUUGGAAGUGGUUGUGAUCAAAGAGUUAACUAUGACUUCCCCAUAGAAGGAAGAGAUGGAUGUAUUGAAAAGCCUGAAAUUUAUAGAAAUUUUCUUCCCGGUUCUAUGGAAGUAAGGAAAAGUUUGCAAAGAUUAUGCCUCUGCUCAACCAAUCUUUGUAAUGGUGGUAAUAAUCGCUUUUUACGGUGCUCAUUUUUAACUAUUUUAAUUUUUAUUUUCUUUAUUUUAAUUAUUGAAAGAAUAUUUUUAUAA